CGACUGGGGGCAGGAGGGAGGAGCAGGGAAGUUGGGAGUAUAAAUCCCCGAAAGCCGGUCCUGCAACGGCCACCUUUUGCUUCCUUCCUUUUGCUCUGGGCUGCUGCAGCUAGCUGUGAAUCGACACCAUGUGUGACGACGAGGAGGUCACCGCUUUGGUGUGCGACAAUGGCUCAGGCUUGGUGAAAGCUGGCUUUGCCGGGGAUGAUGCCCCCCGUGCUGUCUUCCCCUCUAUCGUCGGCCGCCCGAGGCACCAGGGCGUCAUGGUGGGCAUGGGUCAGAAGGACUCCUAUGUGGGAGACGAAGCUCAGAGCAAGAGAGGCAUCCUGACUCUGAAGUACCCCAUCGAGCACGGCAUCAUCACCAACUGGGACGAUAUGGAGAAGAUCUGGCACCACACCUUCUACAAUGAGCUGCGUGUGGCCCCUGAGGAGCAUCCCACCUUGCUGACUGAGGCCCCUCUCAACCCCAAAGCCAACCGGGAAAAGAUGACCCAGAUCAUGUUUGAGACCUUCAACGUGCCCGCUAUGUAUGUGGCCAUCCAAGCUGUGCUGUCCCUCUAUGCCUCUGGCCGUACCACCGGCAUUGUGUUGGAUUCUGGAGAUGGUGUUACUCACAAUGUGCCCAUCUAUGAAGGCUAUGCCUUGCCUCACGCCAUCCAGCGCUUGGAUUUAGCUGGCCGUGACCUGACAGACUACUUGAUGAAGAUCCUAACAGAACGUGGCUACUCCUUUGUCACCACUGCUGAGCGGGAGAUUGUGCGUGACAUCAAGGAGAAGCUGGGCUACGUGGCUCUGGAUUUCGAGAAUGAGAUGGCCACGGCUGCUUCCUCCUCUUCUCUGGAAAAGAGCUAUGAGCUGCCCGAUGGUCAAGUCAUCACCAUUGGCAAUGAGCGGUUCCGUUGCCCAGAGACUCUUUUCCAGCCUUCUUUCAUUGGCAUGGAAUCUGCCGGUAUCCAUGAAACCACCUACAACUCCAUCAUGAAAUGCGACAUUGACAUCCGCAAGGACUUGUAUGCCAACAAUGUGCUCUCUGGGGGCACCACCAUGUACCCUGGUAUUGCUGACCGGAUGCAAAAGGAAAUCACAGCCUUGGCCCCCAGUACCAUGAAGAUCAAGAUCAUUGCUCCUCCUGAGAGGAAAUACUCCGUAUGGAUUGGCGGCUCCAUCUUGGCCUCUCUGUCCACCUUCCAGCAAAUGUGGAUCAGCAAGCAAGAAUACGAUGAAGCAGGGCCUUCCAUUGUCCAUCGGAAGUGCUUCUAAACACCUCCUUCCCUCUCCUUGCUUCCUUUGCGUCUCCGUUCGGACUCCCAGUCACCCCCUUUUCCUCAGGGCUAGCAUCAGCAUACCUUGAAGUAGGGCAUCCUCCCAACACCUUGGGCCCAAUGCUACUGCCUGUCUGCCCAUCUCCUUCACCACCUGCCUGCCAUUCCCUCACCCACCUGCUUCAAAGAGCGCCACCUCCUGUGCUUCUGGCUACCUACCAUUGCUGGGAAAGCAUGUGGACGGUGGCGGUCACAACAAUGGUGCUUCCAGAUGCCCACAUCUCUCAGUCCCCUCGAGGAAAGGGCAUGCAGGUGGCUGUGGGAUGGGUUGUGAAACAGCAAGUUGUGGAUGGGGGCAGGAAGGGAGGUGUGACUGGGAGUCCUGGGGGUGGUCAGAGGAGGGGAGAGGUCCCCUGAGCAUUCUCUGUUCAGGGCCCAUCAAAACCUGGAACCAGCCCUCUCACUCAUGAGGUCACAAGUCCCUCCUCCUCUGUCCUCUUCCACCCAUAUAAAGCCUGUCAUCGUAACUUAACACCUGCAUAGAACAAAAGGGAAGAUUUGCAAAAGCAUUUGGAAUCCUCAGGGAAUGGUUUUCUCCAUCAGAAGGCGGCUGUGUCACAUACACAAUGCUUGCACCUUGUAAAAAGUUCCAUUUUUUGUGUGCUAACAAAAAAUCAACUUUGUAAAAAAAAAUUGUUUAAAAAAUUUCUCUGACCUUUCCUGUCACAAAGUCUUAAAUAAAAAGCAUUUUACAGCGA